AUGGCAGAUUGGACUAUGCUUCCAAAGGAACUCCUGCAAUUAAUAUCUGAAAAACUCAACAGUGAAUUCUACCGCAUUCGCUUUCGUUCUGUCUGUUCCACGUGGAGAUUUUCUAUACCAAAACCUUACAACCCUUUUCCCUUCUAUCUUCCGCAAUUCCCUGACUCCAGUAGUUCUUCUAUUUACUCCAGGGAUUCUGAUAUCCACAAACUCGACAAACACAACAUCUUUAUCCUCAAACCGCCCACAACACCAAACCAACAAACUCUAUACCGCCCUUGGUUGGUCAGAAUCAGUCCAACUUCAUCCGGAAAGUUCAACCUAUGGCACCCCCUUUCACGUAACAGUCUUAAUAUACCUUAUGAUUCGAGUGUGCUAGACAUCAGUCAACUCUCUGUCUUCGAUAUCGCACAGAUGUAUGAUUUGUCUACCCCUGUUGCCGUCUUUCAUGGGGAAGAGUUUAUGGGUUCUGUUGCCACGUUUCAAGGGGAAGAGAUUCUGGAUAUUGUCACACAAGGGUACUCCGGGGAGAUGGUGAUGCUCCGUCAUGGAGACGAUAGUUGGAAACAGAUCCCCAAUGAGGCACAUUUCUACCAUGAUAUUUGCAUUUUUAAAGGCCGGCCUUGUCUGGCAGACGGAACCGGCCGGACUGUGAUGAUCGGAUCAAAUUUGAGCGUUCAUUUGGUGGCUGAGCCAGUGUAUGGUGGUUAUCUCUAUGGUGACAUUAAAAUUAUGGUGGAAUAUGAGUCUGAGUUAUUGCUAGUUCACAAACAAGGAUAUCAUCAUCGUGGAGAUCUAAGGAUUGAUGUGUUUAGGGUUGACCAGAAAGAGAAAAAGUGGUUGAGAUUGGCAAAUUUAGGGGAUACAGUUGUGUUUUUUGGGCAAUGUCAUUCGUUCACUGCUUCUGCUUUGGAUUUGGGUUUUGACAAAGGGAAUUUUGUGAUUCAUUUUAACAAUAACGAUAUGAGUAUUUUUCACUUGGACCAACGGCAGAAUUCGCUUUUGUCUGAUUAUCCAGAUUAUUUGAAGUUGUUCUGGCCACCUCCCGAGUGGAUCAUUAGUAGGUGUUUGUAA